AUGAUCGCCAACGCGAGCACGACGCCCAGGCGGGAACUGUUGUCGCUGGCCGAGUCGUGGGGCUUGGGACACACCACCGUCGAUUUUGCCCGGCGGCUCGACCGUGAGGACCCGCUGAAGAAAUUUCGCAAACGCUUCGUCAUCCCCAAAAUGGUGGACUUGACGGGAGUGGAUGCCGAGUUCAUUAAGUGCCUGGAUCAGGAAUGCAUCUACAUGGGCGGUCACCUGUUAGGCGCCAAGCCGAGAGCUCUAGAUGAUGAGGUUCAGAAAGUUCUGGACGACUGGGGGAAAAGGGGUACACAGUGCUUGCGGCAGGGAUACUUGCCCACUUCGACGGCUGAUCUCUACCCAAAGCAGCGCAUGGCUGAACUCGUAGGAGCCGAUCGUGAUGAGAUCGUCUUCAUGAACGGCCUCACCGUCAACCUACACUUGCUCAUGAUGACGUACUAUAGACCAGAAGGCAAGAGAACCAAGGUGGCCGUGGAAGCCGAUGCGUUCUCAUCAGACUUGUAUGCUGCGCAGUCGCAGGUGAGCCACCAUGGCCUCGACGUGGCCUCCAACCUGAUCCUUCUGAGCUCCAGAGAGGGCGAAGAGCUGCUAAGAGAAGAGGAUAUCUAUGACGUCAUCGACAAGGAGGGCGACACCAUCGCAAUCCUGCUCUUGUGCGGAGUACAGUACCAGACGGGCCAGGCUCUGGACAUCCGGGGAAUCACAAGUGCUGCUCGCAAAAAGGGUUGCAUCGUGCUGUGGGAUUUGGCUCACGCCGUCUGCAACGUGGAGCUGAGGUUGAACGAAUGGGAAAUAGACCUGGCCGCCUGGUGCACGUACAAGUACAUGAACUGCGGUCCUGGCUGCACUGCGGUGGCGUACGUGAGCCACAAGUUCCGCAAAAGCCGUGAUCGGCUGCCGGAGCUGAGAGGCUGGUGGGGCAACGAAGCAAAAACCCGGCUACUGAUGCGACGGGAAUUCGAACCUUCCCCGUCGGCCGAUAUGUUCAAGGUCUCCGUCGGCAGCGCGGUCCUGAUCUCGGCGAUUGUGACAAGCCUACAGAUAUUCAGCGAGGUUGGCGAGCCGAAUCGGCUGCGCAAGCAGUUCCUGAUGACCGGUUACAUGGAGCUCCUGUUGACGGACCUGCUUGGUGCCCGCCACGACUACAAAGACACUAAGCACCCGUUCCACCUGCUAACGCCGGCUGACGUCCGACGCAGAGGAAGCCAGUUCAGCCUGCGCCUGGCCGCACCUUACGACGCCCGACAAGUGCUUCAAGAACUCCUGCGACGAGGCAUCGUCGGAGACCUCCUACCGCCAUCGGUGCUCCGAUUCACACCAAUCCCUUUGUACAACACCUACGAAGAUGCGUACAACUGCGUACAAUCGCUGAAGGAGAUAUGCGACCGGCUCACCACGGAGUGCACGCCCUGCACUAAUGGCCACUAAAGGCUGCUCACACGCAUGCGCGCUAGCGUCGUUACAUUCGGCACAGCUUUUCGAUGAUUAAAGAGGCUGCGUCGGAAAUCCAUGACGCUUACUUGUGCAAACAUGAGAAA